AUCCCCGAAAUGACUUCUGAAUUAGAAACCUCCUUAAACAACGAGAGACUUUCUCUGCUGCGAGCAAAAUUAAUUCGUCGCAAUGUUCGCGUCACAAACGAAUGGCUCGAAGGAUGUUUGGAGCACUUUUUAAGUGAAAUGCCGGAAAUCUCCAACGAAGAUCUCUUGGAAGGAGCUUUUGAGCAAUUUACCUUGGCUGACGUCAAUGACUGUGGCUUGCCUGUGAUUCCUGACAGCAUUGUGCGACGAAAGGACAUUCACGUGAUCGAAGGAACUUUUAUCGUUCAAAUGAAUUUUUUAGUGAACGUUGCUGAAUCAGCCUUUGACUUAUUGCAACAAUUGUACAAGCAACAAAUUGACGAGACAGAUGAGGAACAACAAAAUCGCAGAAAUAACAAACAAUCCGUCAAAAAACAGAGAAUGUUAAAACUUGAAUUAACUGAUGGGACAACGACUUGUUACGGAAUGGAAUACUCACCAAUACCACAAUUGAACGUAAAUUUACGUCCGGGAACGAAACUUCGCAUCAAAGGACCUCUUAAAUGUAUUAAUCACGUUUUGUACCUCGAAUCUAAGAAUGUUGACGUUCUCGGGGGUGAAGUUGACACGUUACUCAUUGAAAAUGCCUUUGAAAAUAUUUUACUAAAAACUUUAAACAAGCCAAUUAAUACAGCGCCAAAAGCUGAAUAUGCUGGAAGCGAGAGAAAUCUUCAUCAAACUCAAAUUUCCGUGUUAAAUGAGCGAAAUUUGCCUUCAAAUGCGACGAGAACUCAAUCUACGAUCCCAAUUCAGGACGAUCCGUUCGGCGAUGACGACUUGGAAUUCAACGAAUUGGAUUUAAAUGCGAUUCAAGCACAAUCUGCCGCUAUCCAAACGCCUCCAACUCACGUUGCGACAACAAAUCGUCGUUCCAUGCACGAAUACGAAGACGAUCCCGACGAUUUAGAAGCUCUUGAAGAAAUCGAAAGUGAAAUUCUUGCCCAAAGAUCGCAUCUCGAAGCAACCGCGAGUCGAAAAAGACCAAGUACGAGUCCAAUUGCCGGCGGUUCGAGUAGUUUCAUGUACUGCGAACGCCCUUCCGUCGCAGAAGACAAAGUUGUUCACGUCUCAAAAGUCCCCAAACUCGAAGGCUUGGACGAUCUCGACUUUGAUGAUGAAUUUGACAUGCUCGUUGCAGCUGCUUUUGAUCUUCCGCCGUCACAAAAUGUGCCAAAACCCGUCGAAUAUCACACUGCCGACUACAAAUUCCGUCUCGAAGGAUGCAAUUUACUCACUUUUGCUCAGCUGCAAGAGAUAAAACUCCUCGAUUUGCAAGACAAGACUUUCAUGUUCUUCGGCUUAGCGACAACUGUGACAAAAGCUCUUUCAAUUGCCGACGAACGAUGGACUUUGGAGGUAAAUCUCGAAGAUGAACCAAACAGCACACUUUCUGUCACCCUAUCGCCCGAUUUGUUGGACAAAAUGAUUGGCAUGACAGCUGCUGAAGUGAAAAUUAUGAAACAACGCUCGAAAACGCAACCUUCGGUGAAGGAGGAAAUUUUUAAGAUUUUGAAGAAUUUUAACGAUGAACUGAAAAAUGAAAGGAAAUUUUGGAAAAUUAAAUUUGAGGAGAGUCCAAAAGUUGUUUCUGCCACGAAUCUCAAACCGGUGUACAAAAAAGUUUUAAUUAACAAAAUAGAAAGUGAGAAAUUAGACAAAUUAAAGGCGACGGUGCCGGAAAAUUAA